AGAUGGUGAAUGGGUCAUUGGUUGCAACCUGUGAAGUCCUUCAGUACUCUUUUUAUGUUGACCAAGAUAACAUACAGACUCUUCUUCUUCUUCAUGCAUAUCACGCCGGCCUAUAUUUUAAUCGCACCUAUCCCAUAAACAAGACAACACGUAAAAGCAUGGGACUCUACUCUUCAUCGCGUGUCCCCGCAUCUUCGGCGCUACUGCUUUGCUUCUGCGUGCUGUUAUUGGCCGGUGUCCAUGGAGGAUCUCGCAGGCUAUAUAUCGUGUACCUAGGCGAUGUGAAACAUGGACACCCCAACGAUGUCAUCGCUUCGCACCAUGAUCUUCUCAGCGAUGUUCUUGGAAGCAAGGAAGAUUCUGUGGCCUCCUUGGUCCACAACUACAAGCAUGGCUUCUCAGGCUUCGCAGCAAUGCUCACUGAAGAACAAGCUAAACAGCUCGCAGAGUCUCCAGAAGUCAUCAGUGUCGAACCAAGCAGAAGCUACACGGCGACAACCACACGAAGCUGGGACUUCCUCGGUCUGGGCUAUCAAACGCCCGGCGACCUGCUCCGUGAAGGCAGAUAUGGAGAGGACAUAAUCAUCGGCGUCGUCGACAGUGGUAUCUGGCCGGAGUCAAGAAGCUUCAGCGACCAAGGGUACGGGCCGGUGCCGUCCCGGUGGAGAGGCAAGUGCGAAGUCGGGCAGAGCUGGGACGGCAACAACUGCAGCCGCAAGAUCAUCGGCGCACGGUUCUACAGCGCCGGAAUCGACGAGGAGGUCCUCAAGGCCGACUACCUGUCGGCACGGGACGGCAUGAGCGGCCACGGCACGCACACGGCCUCCACCGCGGCAGGCUCGGUCGUGGAGGGGGCCAGCUUCCACGGCCUCGCCGCGGGCGUCGCGCGAGGCGGCGCGCCCCACGCUCGCAUCGCGGUGUACAAAUCCUUGUGGGGGCCCCGCGCUCAGGGCAGCAGCACCACCAUUCUCGCGGCCAUCGACGACGCGAUACACGACGGGGUGGACGUGCUCUCGCUGUCCAUCGGCGGCGGCGGCCCCGAUGACAAAGACUCUUUCGGCAUGCUGCACGCGGUUCAGAAGGGGAUCGCCGUCGUGUACUCAGCCGGGAACGACGGUCCAAGACCGCAGACCGUUGGGAAUACUGCCCCGUGGGUCAUCACCGUAGCCGCGAGUACGAUUGACCGCUCGUUUCCAACCGUCAUCACGCUGGGAAACAAGCAACAGAUAGCGGGACAAUCUCUCUACUACCAAGACAAGAACUCAGCCAGGAGCAGUUUCAGAAACCUUACCACUGGAGUUGGAGACCUUAGCUGCACGGAGGAAGCUCUGAAUGGUACGGAUUUGAAAGGGAAAACUGUUAUGUGCUUUCCAGAAGAUGGAAAACUAGCGCUAACCCCGCUUUGGGAAUUCCAAAGCGCGCUGCAAAACGUCCGGAAGGCCGGGGGCUCUGGUCUUGUUUUCGCUCAGUAUACGACGGACAUUCUAGGUAACACCGCUAACUGCGGAGGCAUUGCCUGUGUCCUCGUGGACCUUGACACCGGGUACCAGAUUCUAGAAUACAUGGGAUCCGCGAGCUCUCCUGUGGCAAAGAUUGAACCAGCGCGCAGCUUCACGAGUAAAGAGAUAUUGGCUCCCAAAGUGGCAGCAUUCUCCUCUAGAGGUCCAUCAAUCUACAACGCUGAUGUUAUCAAGCCUGACAUAGCGGCACCUGGAGCAAACAUCAUAGCAGCAAGGGGAAACUCCUAUAUGUUUGCGUCGGGGACAUCAAUGGCUGCUCCGCACGUAUCUGGCAUCGUCGCCCUGCUGAAAGCUUUAUAUCCACAGUGGUCUCCUGCUGCACUGAAAUCCGCCAUCAUCACCACAGCAUCUGUAACUGAUGAACAUGGCAUGCCGAUACUGGCUAAUGGGUUGCCUCGAAAGAUUGCCGACCCAUUCGACUUUGGAGGUGGGCACAUCAACCCUAACAGAGCAGCGGAUCCUGGCCUGAUCUAUGACAUCGAUCCAAACGAUUACAACAUCUUCAGUUGCAUCAUGAAAAGAUCCGCAAGUUGCAAUACAACAGUGGUGCCAGGGCAUCUCUUGAACCUGCCAUCCAUCUCGGUUCCAGAUCUGAGGUACCCAGUUACUGUAUCAAGAACUGUCACAAAUGUCGGCGAGGUCGAUGCAGUCUACCACAUCGCAAUUGAGAGCCCGGUUGGAGUGAGGAUGGAAGUUGAGCCGUCUGUUCUUGUGUUCAAUGCUGCAAACAAAGUUCAAACAUUUAAGGUCAAGUUAUCACCGAUGUGGAUGUUUCAAGGGGACUAUACAUUUGGCAGCCUGACUUGGUAUAAUGACCAGAGGACCGUGCGGAUUCCAGUUGCUGCUCGGAUCACGAUUCAUGAUUUCUUUGCAGAUGUUGCAUAA